UAGCAACUAAAAAAUUGACCAAUCCUUAACAGUCCUCCCUCAUUCCUCCAAAAUUUUUAUAUUUUUGUUGUGGAAAAAUUAUUUAAAUUUUGAUACAGGUUGGGUUGAUAAAGUUCCCGAAGUUCAUUCAUCAAGUAAUUUAUCAAGCCCAAAUGGCAAACAAAACUUCAAUAAUCAACAACUCAUGUGCAUUAAAUUAUGAUAAUUGAAUGUUAACUGUACGACGAGAAAAAUGACGAUGAGCCCUUUCACCAUUAACUUUGGCUGCUCCACUAGGUACUCUAACAACAAGGGGAUCCUCGACAACUCGUAAAGUUGCCUCUGUAAAUUUUCGAGUAACAAGCGCCCGUUUUGCUCAUCCCCUCCCAGGGCAACGCCUCUCGACAUUUCACAUCUCCCAUCGAGCCCAAACGUAAUUGUUACACUGUGUAAACUUGUCUACGUAAUUCAGCUGUAAUGUUAUUACCCUUACUUCAGGCAGUUUCUAACUGUCUCUUCACUUGUUUUUUUUUUUAAACGCAAUUUUUUAAUUCAAAUUUUUUCAGUUUUUAUUUUGGGAUUUUACAAAGGUUCUGCCGUUUUUUUUUUUUUAUAAAUAUAAAUAGUUCAUGGUUCGAGUCGAUGACGGCACGACAUUUGGAUCAUGAGAAGAAGCUCUUACAAUAAUUAUAGGAAUAUAAUAACUUCAUCGACAGAAAACGAUUCCUGUCACUCAUCCGACCUUGACCUACAAAAUCCCAGUGGCUGUCAUACCCAGUCGCCGCAGACUCACCCCACGUGUUACAAAUUACCCGAAUUCAAAUUACACAUCACGAGAGAGAAGAAAUUUCACAGGAGUUCAAGUUCUCCAAAUAUUCCCGAUAAAUUUUCCCCUGACACCCAUCAACAUCGCCAGAUAACUUAUCUCGAGGGUACGUCGAGUCAAAAACUUCGGAAGGAGGGAGCAUCCAGGAUAUUGAGAGCAAUAAGACGUUGCAGUGAAAAAGUGAAGGCAAAGGACAACUCCUUAUCGCCGAAGAGAGAUAACAGCAAGAGUGACGUUGUUAUCUUGUACCAGGGUGAACCGACGUCUAACCAGAAUUCACCCUCGACAACCCCAAAGACCCUAGUUCGCACCUCUAAAUCCGACCACACAGUAGUAACGCAGUCCAACCCAUCUAAUCAACAAAAAUUUUAUUCGAGAGACAGUCCGAGAAGACCUCCAAAAUUAUUGCGCAGACGACGACGACCACCUCACCGUCGUCCAUUAAGAAGACAAUCAUUAAAUGUCAAUAUCAUUCAGGAGUCGAGAGUUCCUGAUUCAGAGAGACGAAGCCCUUCCCCGUACCCGAGACAGUCAACUAAUGAUGUCAUUAGACAUAUGGCUCAUCCUGUGAAUGAAAGGGGAAACGAGAAUAAAAGAAUUUUUCCUUUUCAGUCGACACCGAGUGGAAAUCUCAAAGUCAUUCCAAAUCAAGUAAUCUUUGAAUCGAAAAAAGUGAGUGUCUUAGUUGCUGACCCACGUCACGCAAAGGUGAACGUAAAAGCGGAGGCCAAUAAACCGGAGGUAGAGAUUGGUGAUACUGGACAAGCAAAGGAUCUACCACCGGGUGUGACCCCGUCAGCGAUUGAUCAUCUCCAAGCACAGAGAAAACUACCUAGAAUACCGACUCAGUACGUGCCAAGAACUCAACCGCAGAGGUCUAAAUUACGUCAGGAUCAGAUGGAGGUGAAACCGAGUAAUCAAGCCAAUCAUCAUCGUCAUCAACCAGGAAACGAAGUACCACUGGCGUCCCUUGGGUUUACGGUCGAGCAACCGAUUGAUUGGGAGAUCGUUAAUUUACCGGAAAAGACUGAUUUGUAUGAAGAAUUAGCAAGAAGAAUCACUAAUUACAAAAAUGCAGAUUGUGUAGUGCAUUUAGGUCACGAUGAGUUUCACUGUCACCUCCUGGUGCUCCAGAGCUACAGUACCUUGUUCGACGAAAAAAAUUGCAAAGAGAUCGACCUAACUGAGAGCAGCGUGACAUCAAGAGCAUUUUCCAUCAUCUACGACUGGAUGAUAAGCUGUAGCAGUGAGAGCUGUCACCUUCUGAGGAGGGAUAAUAUUCUUGAAAUAUUUACGGGAGCACAAGUCCUCGGAAUCAAAGAGUUGGAGGAGCAAUGCUGGUCUUUUAUCGAGAACGAAGAGUUGUUCAGUGAAGACACGGCAUUUCUACUCUAUCUCGAGGCCAAGAAAAUCGGCAAUUCCGCUGUCAUGGAGCUCAUGAUCCCCAGGAUAAUGAAAUUCUUCCUGAUGCUCGUCAGCACUAAAGAUUUCCUAGAACUUUCUGUUGACGAACUUUGCCUACUCCUUCGCUCCGAUCACAUUUGCGUCAACAGUGAAAUGGAAGUUUUAAUGUCAGCCGUUAGAUGGCUGAUGUACGACUGGGAAACUCGUAAAGAAUAUCUUCUCGAUGUUCUAAAAUGUGUCAGAUUUGGUCUUAUCGCACCUUGGCAGCUGGUUGAUGUCAAGAGAAAUCCAGAGAAUCCAGAAUUUAUGGAACUUAUGUCCUACCCCGAGAUACAAAAAAUGGUGGACGAUGGACUUUCAUUUGUGAUCAUUAAGUACUGGUAUGGAAAUCAGACUGAGGAUUAUUACCACUGGAUUGAACUAUUGGGACUCACUGAACCGGUUAAUCGCAACUGGGCUGGGGAAGAAAAGAACUACGUGACCUAUCGGGAAUUCCUGCUAUACCUCGAGGAGUACCAGAGGACGAAAAUAAGUGAAUUAAAGACAAAAAAUAUUGACAAAUCCCAGACGAUGUCCAACGACUGCACAGAAUCGCCAAUCAGACAGCCUAAUAACUACCAGAAUUUUCAUAAUCCCAGAUCAUCGUCAUCAGGUCAAGUGAAUUUACCCCCCAGCAUUGGUGGUAGACCCUCGAGAUGCCCAAGGAUGCCGGUUGGGGGUCAGGGAGCCCAAAGAGCACCUCCCGGCUUCGGUAUGCCGCCUGAAAUUCUCAACAAGUACUUGAGCAGCCUCGGGAGUCAUUCCAAGGUGAUUAUUCCCGGUCAUGCUGAUGUAUCACAAACGAGAAACAUGGCGAAUGAUGUUAGAUGCGAUCAGUGGAAAUCAAAUACUGGAUUAAAUUGGAUAAAAAUGAAACAGAGAAAGAGAGGAUUUUACACAGCUAAUGGAGAGUACUCGGAUUCUUCAAGAUCUGAGGAAGAAGCUGCUACAACUAUACAGGCGGUUUAUAGGGGCUAUAAAACACGACAGACAUUUCAAGAGAUAAAGAAAAUGUCUUCAGAAGAGAAUCAGAACGCGAGGAGAGUGGCUCAAUUACUAUCGAUUCCCUCGAUCAAUAAAGAUAAUUUGCAUCAACCCAUGGAGCCCGUGCGACUGCCAGAAGGUGGUGGAAUGUCUGGAGACCCCAAAAGAGUAAAUAUUGAAACUCCAGAGCGAAGUCCUCGAUUUCGCGAGCCCCCAGAGGCGAUUCAAACCCUCCAUCCACCGAAUCCCCUCGAUUUUGACGGUGGAACGAGCUCAGUGUCUCAAUUUUUCGACACAGACACCGAGAAUUCCUUCACCCCAAGGCUACAUAAGUCAGCAAAUACGAAUAUAGAGGAGACUGUCCUAGUUUUUGGUGGAAUUGAUCCGCACGUGGAGUACGGUGUCCCGGGUAACACUGGCAGAGACAUUUACAGGUAUAAAUCAGUGGAAAAUAUCUGGGAAUUUGUGGGUGAAAUACCAGAGCCAAGACAUCAUCACUCGUUAUGUGUCUUAGGAAGAAGAAUUUACCUAGUGGGUGGUGGUGAUCCUAGCGAAGACAAUCACCAAUAUCAGACUCCAGUCGUGGGAACAGUCUGGAGCUAUGACAUCGACACAAGGAGUUGGUACAAUGAGUCAGGAUUACUAACACCAAGAAAGAACUUCGGUCUUGUCGUCAUCAACGAGAGGAUGUACGCCAUUGGUGGACAGGAUAAAAACGGAAUGGCUUUGAGAUCAGUGGAAGUAUUCGACCCUGCGGAGGGUACUUGGCGUACAGCUCCCCCAAUGCACACUGCCAGAAUAGGCCCAGCAAGUGUGAAAUACGGUAAUUACAUCUGGGUAGGGGGUGGCAUGACAAUAUCGAAGAGAGAACCCCUCUCCAGAGACGUCGAGUGUUUCGAUCCCUCGAAAAAUAUGUGGAUUAAUAUUGAACCCCUACGUGCCCCGAGGUGCUUUGCCUCCUUCUACGUUAUGUUUGAUAAAUUAUACUUGAUUGGGGGUGCUGGGAGGUCACUGAAAAAAUCAGGAAUAACCGAGAGCAUCGACACAAUCGAUGUCUGGGACCCUGAGCUGAGGAUCUGGAGGGAUUUCUCGAAGAUGACUACUGGAAGACACAGUCACUCGACUGGUUCGAUAGGUGAUCAACUGAUCAUAAUUGGGGGAUUGACAACGAUUUUCAUGAAAACAUUGAAGACAAUCGAGUGUUUUUGUUUCGAAAGAUCGAAAUGGAUUAGAGGAGUCACCUCACUUCCUCACGCAGUCUCUGGACAUGCGACUGUUUCUCUUCGUUCAGAGAAUCACUCCAGGAGUUAUUGAAAAAUGAAUUAUUCAUGCGGAUAAAAUAUUCACUCACCCCGUUCGCCACAACUGCUUCACCUCAGCGUUCCAUCAUGUCCAUUGUCCCAUCUUCAUUCACUUCACUUCACUUCACUUCACUUCACCACAUCCUGAGGAAA